CAGACUGUGCAGUAGGCCAUCAGUCUCGGCUCAUAAUAAAGAGCAUAUUUAUUGACACAUCCGUCAUCCAUCUGUGCUUUCUUAAAGAUGGCCUGUCAGGGACUGGCGAAGGGCGAAACCAUCCACACGCUGAAAGUGGAGUCUGAGUCUUUGAAAGCCAAACUAGAGGAGGAGAGAGCCAAACUACACGACGUCGAGCUGCAUCAGGUAGCGGAGAAGAUAGAGGCUCUGGGUCAGUUUGUCAUGAAGACCAGGAGAACCUUAAAAGGACAUGGGAAUAAAGUGCUGUGCAUGGACUGGUGCCGUGACAAGAGAAGAAUCGUCAGCUCCUCUCAGGAUGGAAAAGUCAUUGUGUGGGAUGCAUAUACAACCAAUAAGGAGCAUGCGGUCACUAUGCCCUGCACCUGGGUCAUGGCAUGUGCUUAUGCCCCUUCUGGCUGUGCUGUGGCUUGUGGUGGUUUGGAUAAUAAAUGCUCCGUCUAUCCUCUUUCUUUGGAUAAAAAUGAGAACUUGGCAGCUAAGAAGAAAUCUGUGGCCAUGCACACCAACUAUCUGUCUUCCUGCAGCUUCACCAACUCUGACAUGCAGAUUCUGACAUCAAGUGGUGAUGGGACAUGUGCAUUAUGGGAUGUUGAGAGUGGGCAGCUGCUGCAGAGUUUCCAUGGUCACUCGGCUGAUGUUCUUUCAUUGGACCUGGCACCCUCUGAAACAGGAAACACCUUUGUAUCAGGGGGCUGUGAUAAGAAGGCUAAUGUGUGGGACAUGCGCUCAGGACAGAAUGUUCAGUCCUUUGAAACGCAUGAGUCUGACAUCAACAGUGUGAAAUGUUGCAUCAUGCCUGUGGGGAUUCACUUCCAUGCAGAGCAUCAGCAAGGCCGAUUGCUGUUUGCAGGACAUAAUGACUACACCAUUAACAUCUGGGAUGUCCUGAAAGGUACCAGAGUGGCAAUUCUCUUUGGCCAUGAAAAUCGGGUCAGCACUGUCAGAGUUUCACCUGAUGGUACCGCGUUCUGCUCGGGAUCAUGGGACAACACUUUGCGGAUCUGGGCUUGAGGAGUUGUCCUGCACCAGUGUAACAAGAUAUUUGUACUUCGGCUUCUCAAUAUCACAACACACAGUGGGACUGUAGGGAUUCUUAUUUAGAGAUGCUGAAUUUUUUAUUAUCUUAGCACAAUUAGAUGUCUCUUUUCCUUGGCUUCU